GGGCGGUGCGGUCCCACGGGCGGUCCCUGUCCCGCUGCCCCGGGGCUCACACGCGGCGGGACCGGGACCGGGACCGGGGUUUUGGGGAAGAACCGAGCCCCGAAGACAUGGAGCUGCCUCCGCCACCCUCCUGAACCGAGAGGGACGGAGCCGGCACGGAGCCACCCGGCUCGGCAUCGCCCGGGUGAUGGCAAACCUAACAACUCCUCCAGCCUGGACCGGAGUCAUCAACAGCUCCUUGGACCCAGACAGCACAGGAGACAAUGCCUACAAGUGCAUAUUUGAUGAGGACUUCAAGUAUGUUUUGCUGCCCGUCUCAUACGGCAUCGUGUGUGUGGUGGGACUGUUUCUCAACCUCUUGGCCCUCUACGCCUUCAUCUUCAGGAUCAAGACCUGGAAUGCCUCCACCACCUACAUGUUCAACCUGGCCGUGUCCGACACGCUCUACGUGGUCUCCCUGCCCCUCCUGGUGUAUUAUUACGCCAUGGGGGACAACUGGCCCUUCAGCGUGGGCUUGUGUAAGAUAGUCCGCUUCCUGUUUUACACCAACCUCUACUGCAGCAUCCUGUUCCUCCUCUGCAUCAGCAUCCAUCGAUUCCUGGGCAUCUGCUUCCCGCUGAAGUCGCUGCAGUGGGGACACGUUCGUUACGCCCGGAGAGUGUCGGUCAUCGUGUGGGUGGUGACCGUCGUCUGCCAGUCGCCCGUCCUCUUCUUCGUCACCACCAGCGUGAAGCGCGACACCAUCACCUGCCACGACACCUCCAGCAAGGAGCUCUUUGGCGAGUUUGUCAUUUACAGUUCAGUGAUGCUGGUGCUGCUCUUCUGCAUCCCUUUCCUCAUCAUCAUCGUCUGCUACUGCCUAAUGGCCCGCAGGUUGCUGCAGCCCACACGGGGGAUGUCCCGGCUCUCCCGAUCCAAAAAGAAGUCGGUCAAGAUGAUAAUCAUCGUCUUGGUGGUCUUCAUCGUUUGUUUCCUUCCUUUCCAUGUCACUCGUACCUUGUACUACUCCUUCCGGAGCUGGGACUUGAGCUGUCAGACCCUUAAUGCCAUCAAUUUAGCCUAUAAGGUGACCCGUCCCCUGGCUAGCACCAACAGCUGCUUGGAUCCCAUUUUGUAUUUCUUAGCAGGACAACGAUUUAUGAAGUUUGCAGGCAGCAAGAUACCCUGGAAGCCUCAAAAUGAGAUGGCUCUGGGGACUGUGCCCAACAAUCACCUGGGAACCACUGAUGACACAAGCUCGUUAUCCAAGGAAGUGAAAUCCUAGCUCUGCUCCAGCAUGGCCAGCGCCAUCUCCAUGAUGGAAGGGUUUAUUCCCAGGUGUGAAGGGAGGUCAGGAUGCCUCAGGGUCUGAGGAUUUUGGUGUUUGCGGUGCCUUGUCUUGCACCCACUUCAGCACGGUCCGUGUUAAACACGCUCCUCUGCUCGUUGCUUUCAAAACGUACUUUUUCAGGAAGAAGCUGCUGUGGUUGUACACACAAACUCCAUAUCUCUGCCUCUUCAUCCAAGCCUGCCUCUCUGUUCGACCCUGAAUGUCAUUUCUCCACCAGUGAGGCUGGGUGACCUCUCUCAUGGUGGCCACAUCUGCUAAGAAAAAAAAAAAAUAAUAACAGGCCUCGAAUGUCUUUCAUCAUUUUCUAAGGCAGGAACGUUGUGGGCAAAAGGUCCUCCUGAAGAAAUCCAUCUGCCUUUCUCCAGAUUCCCUGGCACGGAGGUAGCGAGGGUUUCUCUGUGUCUUGGCAAGGGAGGGAAGGCUUUUGGUCGAUGAGGAGUGUCAGCUGCGGUUCUGAUAAACAAGUCAAUGAAAAUGUCAAGCGCAAAAUACCACCCGCAGCAGAAAAGAGUCUCCCACAGCUUUGCAUCCCUGAAGGAAGGCUCUCCCAGCUUCAAGCCCCGGCCUCUGCUGGCAGAGCCGGGAGGGGACUCCCAGCUCCUGUCCAAGGGGUGGCUUCCCACUCAAAAGGGUGCUGGUGGACCUCCCACCCCACUGGAGUAUGCUGGUACCAUCCCACUUGAGUUUAGUGGUCCCAUCAAGGAGGUCCCCUGUAGAUUUCUCCAGUGAGGUCAACAUCUUCCCAAAGACCCGUUAGUGCUUCCCAACCGCAACAUUCACCCUUGGAGAGCUUUUAGGCACCCAUAGCUUUCCCUCAGCUGUUGACUUUAAUAAUGAUCUCCAGCUUUUUAAAAUUCAGGGUGAGCUCUUCAUGCCUUGUUUUUAACCCCCUUACUAGUGGCUCGUGUCUCCAGGAAAGAAGCAAAGACUGUUACUCAUCCCUUUGGCUUAGUGCUGCCACAUCCUCACUGCUGCUCAGAGGUGACAGCCCUCUGUGACCUUUCGCAGCUUGCUGUGACCCAAAAUGCUUCCCAGAUGCCAUUGACUGGUCUCCUCGUAAUCCCAGUGCUCCACUGGAGCCAGUCAGCAGAACCCUUACUGACAGUGCGACCUCCCCUGGGUUUAGGAGCCGUACCAGUAAACAUGGUGCUAAGCUUAGCCCUGGUCCCGUCUGGUUUUGGCCUUGCAUCCCACAUCAACCAGGACAGUUCAAAGUAAACUGGAGAAAAUGCCCACAAAACACUUCACCAGGAGGCCCACUUGGUCGUUCUCUCUGUAAUUGCUGGGUUAGAGAGCCGAGAGCCCAGGCCCAUCGUUUCCUUGCCCAGUCUUGCCACGAGGAUGCUGAUUCCUCGCCCCAAAAAUGAAAAUUGCUUGUGAUGCAGCACUGGACGAGUCAUAUUUUGUAAAAGCAGCCCUAGCUCUAUUUUAGGGUUAGAUAAACACUUUUGAUCCUGGUCUAGACCGACUCCUCAGACCUCUUCUUAGUUUCUCCCAUCCCUCCUUCCUAUGAAGUGGCUUGGUGGAGAUAAAGACACACCACGAUGUGACCAGAUGAGUUCAGCCAAGGACAACUGGGACCGUUCAUGGUCAACUGGGAGGUUCUUGUGGUCCCGGCUCAGUGGAGCCAUGGUCCCAUGGAGGGCUCUCGUACCAGCCAACAAUGUCACAGCCACAGGAGGCAGAGGAGGGGACUGUCUCAGCUCUGAGCACCGUCGGCAAAGAAAAAAUGGGCUGAAGGGUGGUUCAUCUCAUCCUUGAGUGAACUUUAAGGAUAGGGUUGGGUUAAGAUAGGGGUUGCACCAUGGCAGCACCUUUUUCUCCUUGUGCCUCUGAAGGAAACUUGGCUUUGUGUGGAGGGUCAUGGCAUGAUCACCGGGGUGAGACAAAUAAUCGGGAGAAAUUAAUUCAACCGAAGCGCUGAACUGGUACAAACGUUACUUCAGGCCAGGUCUUGCCUGGUCUUCAAGACUUGCCAAAAAAGCAGCGUGAACACCAAGUUACGUGCUCUGAAUAAUUCAACAAAAAUGUGCUCAGAGUCCACUCCUAUGGCCCUGCUGGGUGAUCCCAAUGGUCACUUCCAACUCUAAAAAUUCAGUGAAAUUCAGUGAAAUUCAAACCACCAUCUUGGGCAACACUGCCAGCCCCAUCGAGGGGCUCCCUCUGUGAUCCUGGUCCUGCACAAGAUAGUGACACUGUUCACAUUGAGAGCGGUUGGAGAGGUACCAACUGGAAAUUUAUAUAUAUUUUUUGUUUGUUUGUAAAAGCACUAACUUAUACUAAAAAAAAAAUGUGGGUUUUGUGACAAUGACUGUACAUUUUUAUUUUUGUAACAUGCAGACACC